AUGAACAAGCAAUACAGCGACGAAGGCUACACACAAGCUCUUAUGAAAUUUUCCAUCCCCAUGCCGAGUGAGGCCUUCUUUGCCGAAUCUCCGUGCGUCAAGCGGUACCUGAGCUCCGGCUUCUACCAGCCGGUCCCCCUCACUGCUCAAUUCCCAGCCCCCAACAGGACGGCAAACUCGUUCUUCAGUCGCACUAUCAACACCCUUGACACCGUUGAGCACGCAAUGGGGCUAGUGCACCGCGCGAUCUUUGGAUUAAAACGACAUCCCACCGUCUUAGAGCAAAUCGCGAAAAUGGACGAGGAGAUGCGCGGCGACCCGCCCUUUAUCCAGCUUGUGAAAGCUGGCGACUGGUUGAACGGAUUUGAGGAUACAUUCAUGGAGGUGUCCUUGCUUCGUUAUUCGACGAGGGUCUGA